UCUACUCCAUCCCUUUCUUCUUCCUCUCUUUUCUUCCUUGGCCAGGCAGCCAGGCAAUUCAAUAUCCUUCGAUUUCCAUUGGACCUCAUCUCUUACUCUCCCUAUAUUUUCUCCUUUAUUCUCUUCCUUAACACCCUUAAUGAAGCUCCUCCUGAGUGCCAAAACCUACCCACAAUUUUUCAUCUGAAAAACAAACAAACGAACAUGGAGGUUCUUUGUUGUUCUUCUUCUUCUCCUCUAGCGAUUCAUUUCCAUUCACGUGGCGUAUUUUCCCAUUCUCCAUCAUCCCCACGUUUCCCUUUUCGUUUUCAUCGAAAUUCUAAUGGCAAUUCGAUUUCUUCUUCAAGUUCUUCUUGUUUUGGCCUCUCAAUCUCUCGUUACAAUAACUUUUUCCAUGUCAAACAUUCCCAUUCUCGUAAAAGGAGAAAACCCAUUCAGAUUUCUGCUGUUUUCGAGCGUUUCACAGAGCGAGCGAUCAAAGCCGUGAUCCUUUCCCAGAGGGAAGCCAAAUCUCUUGGCAAAGACAUGGUUUUUACCCAGCAUCUUUUGCUGGGUUUGAUUGGCGAGGAUCGUGACCCCAAUGGUUUCUUGGGGUCUGGCUUGAGAAUCGAUAAUGCUCGUGAGGUUGUUCGUAGUAUUUGGCAAGGUAAUAACCAUGAUUCAGGUGAUGAUUCGGGUGAUAAACAACAAGGGCCUAUAGUUUCUUCUACGGAUGUGCCGUUCUCGAUCAGCACAAAACGGGUUUUUGAGGCUGCUGUGGAGUAUUCGAGGACUAUGGGUUACAAUUUCAUCGCACCCGAGCAUAUUGCUAUUGGUUUGUUCACCGUUGAUGAUGGAAGUGCUACUCGGGUCCUUAAGAGAUUGGGAGCAAAUAUAAAUCACUUGGCAGCCUCAGCGGUCACCAGACUGCAAGGGGAGCUUAUAAAAGAUGGUAGGGAACCUUCAUUGUCAUCAAAAAAGAUGAGUGAAAAAUCUCUUUCCAGUAAUCCUGGUGCUUUGAGGUCCCCUGACAAGCUAAAAGGGAAAAGUGCUUUGGCUCAAUUCUGCGUGGAUCUUACAGCUCGUGCAAGUGAGGGAUUCAUUGAUCCUGUUAUUGGCAGAGAGAAUGAAGUUCAAAGAAUUAUUCAGAUACUUUGCCGUCGCACCAAGAAUAACCCGAUUCUUCUUGGUGAAAGUGGGGUUGGUAAAACAGCCAUUGCCGAAGGACUUGCGAUUAGCAUUGCACAGGCAGAAAUCCCAGCAUUUCUCUUGAAUAAAAAAAUAAUGUCAUUGGACAUAGGACUGCUCAUGGCAGGCGCAAAGGAGAGGGGAGAAUUGGAGGCACGUGUUACUGCUCUGAUUAGUGAGACAAGAAAAUCAGGUAAUAUUAUUCUUUUUAUCGAUGAAGUCCACACACUUAUUGGAUCUGGUACGGUCGGCCGAGGAAACAAGGGAUCUGGUCUUGACAUCGCAAAUCUACUGAAGCCUGCACUUGGUAGGGGUGAAUUACAGUGUAUCGCAUCAACGACUAUGGGGGAAUAUAGGACCCAAUUUGAAAAGGAUAAAGCAUUAGCUCGAAGGUUUCAACCAGUAUGGAUCAAUGAGCCAAGUCAGGAAGAUGCAGUUGAGAUACUGCUUGGUCUGCGUGAAAAGUACGAGUCUCAUCACCACUGCAGAUACACUCUGGAAGCACUAAAUGCUGCUGUAUACCUAUCAGCAAGAUACAUUUCUGAUAGGUAUCUUCCGGAUAAAGCGAUUGACCUGAUUGAUGAGGCCGGAAGUCGAGCUCGUAUUGAGGCAUUUAGGAGGAAAAGAGAGCAAGAAACUGACAUUCUCUCAAAGACACCUGAUGAUUAUUGGGAAGAAAUCAGAGCCGUUCAGGCAAUGCAUGACGUGGUCAUGGCCAGUAGGUUGAAAAUUGAUGCUGGUGUUUCGGAUGCGGAUGAUUCCAGUGAACUCCUCGUAGAAUCCUCUUUGCCUUCUACAUCAGAGAAUGAUGAACCUAUAAUGGUGGGACCUGAAGAUAUUGCAACAGUUGCUUCAGUUUGGUCAGGGAUACCAGUGAAGCAGAUCACUGCAGAUGAAAGGAUGCUUCUAGUUGGCCUUGAUGAGAUGCUUAAGAAAAGGGUUAUUGGUCAGGAUGAGGCCGUCGCUGCCAUUUCUCGAGCUGUUAAGAGAUCUCGUGUUGGCCUAAAGGAUCCAGAUAGGCCAAUUGCUGCAAUGAUCUUUUGUGGUCCAACCGGGGUAGGCAAAACUGAAUUAACAAAAGCUUUAGCAGCAUGCUAUUUUGGGUCGGAGGAUGCUAUGCUUAGAUUGGACAUGAGUGAAUACAUGGAGCGACAUACAGUGAGUAAAUUAAUAGGAUCGCCACCAGGAUAUGUCGGCUAUGAAGAGGGAGGUAUGCUUACGGAAGCUAUUAGAAGACGACCCUUCACGCUGUUAUUGCUUGAUGAAAUAGAGAAAGCUCAUCCUGAUAUAUUCAACAUCCUUCUCCAACUGUUUGAAGAUGGUCACCUCACAGAUUCACAGGGUCGAAGAGUUUCUUUCAAGAAUGCAUUGGUGGUGAUGACUUCAAAUGUGGGUUCUUCUGCGAUCGCAAAGGGUAGGAGUGGCUCCAUUGGUUUCAUACUUGAGAACAAUGAAGCAACUUCGUAUGCUGGAAUGAAGGCUCUAGUAAUGGAAGAACUGAAGGCAUAUUUCCGUCCUGAGUUACUCAACAGGAUUGAUGAAGUAGUUGUCUUUCGGUCUCUCCGGAAAGCUCAGAUGCUUGAGAUUGUAAACCUGAUGCUGCAAGAGGUUAAUGCUAGACUUAUGUCUCUGGGAAUUGGUUUGGAGGUGUCUGAAUCAAUCAAAGACCUCAUUUGUCAACAAGGCUAUGACCAGACAUAUGGUGCGCGGCCCCUCAGGAGGGCGGUUACCUUGAUAGUUGAAGACCCCCUGAGUGAAGCCCUCCUGGCCGGAGAUUACAGGCCCGGAGAAACGGUUGUUAUCGAUCUGGAUGCUUCAGGAAACCCCAUUGUUACAAGCCGAUCAGACCGGGACAUCAGCUUGUCUGAUACAGCAUCCAUGUUCUAGUUGCUUAUUCCUGGUACCAAACGAUUUCGUGAAUCGAAUAAGGGAAUUCAUGUGAUCACUCUUAAAAGGAU